CUGAAAUCGCACCAUUGAAUAUGGAAGCUUUACCUGGAGAAACUGUUACGAUUACAUUUGAUGUUGUUGCCAACCCAACUGCUAACUAUACAUGGAAAACAACGCCAGCAACAACAGACAUUGAUAACGAACUAGUAACAUACACAUUUACUGUGUCUCACAACAUUGGUGAGAGUUAUACUGUAACAGCAAACGUCAGCAACGAGAUUGGAGCACUUCAGACAUCUGUAAAGGUAAUAGUUGUUGCAUUAGCACCAACAUCGACAUCCGUAGCAUUUACUUGCCCCACAGUAUCACAGAAAUAUUCAAGUUCAGAUACUGGUCUGAUUGUUGGAAUGACGUUUCUCGGUAUCUUCAUCGGAAUCCUUUUGUCUUCAUUUGCAUUUGUCGUUCACGGAAAAAUAAGGAAUUCAAAGGCACAGGAAACCAAAGCAACCUACAAAAACGUGAAACAACCGGCGGCAUACAUGUCGUAUAGAAAUGAGCCGAGUGCAGAGAACAAGACGUAUGAAGAUCUACAUUGGAUUGAUGAUAACCCAGUCGUUUAUAUAAAUGUAAAACCAAAAAAAUAAUAUAUUUAUAAUUAAUAUUUUUAUUUUAACGGAUCAUGUAGAUGAUAAACGAGUUAGUCACAUAAUAGUCGUAACAAGACAACCAUUGUCAUCGAUAAAAUACGGGAUACUAUGUGGAAAUUAUAGGCCUCCACUUCGUGGGAAAUACCGAAGACCAUUUUCCAAAGGAAGCAAUGUGCAUAAUA